AAUUAAUGGUUCCUGCGUUUCGCUUGUGAAUUACGUCAAGUACGCUCCACUGAUUCAGGCUCGGGUGUGGUUUGGCCUCUCGGACUUAGGAUUCUUUUGUUUGCACUACUGCCGAGAUAAUUGCUGUGGUGUCAAGUCUUAAGUGACACUCGUUUACUUAACGAGGCUUUGGUCAUUAUUCUUCGCUCUUCAAUCCUAUCCGCGCCUUUUCCCCGAGUCGCUGGUCACCCCGUGCACCCUUGCGUCUAUCUUCAUGCAACUCGCCAAAGCUCUGUGCUUUACCUGAUAUACCACGCUCUACGCAACCGGGAGGUAUCUCAUGGCUGAAUGUCGCAAAAACCGCGAAAAUUCCAGCGCGUCUCCAUGGCCUGCGACCUUUGUAAUAGACGCAGCAUCAAAUGCAGCCAGAGCGAGGACCCCCUAGGGCGUUGUCAAAAUUGUGUGGACUUCGAUGUGCCUUGCACCUUUGAUCGUCCCGUAAAACGCCGAGGUGUCAAGGCCGGCACUGAGGCUAGUGGUCGCGAUCCGCUGUCUGUGAGAGCCCCAGUCGAUGAUACUAUUCCUACAGCGACAGCGACUGCAAGUGGUGGAAAAGCCUCCGGCUUCUCGACUUCUCACAUCUCGCACCGCGCAUCGAUCUCUGCUGAUCCCUGGUCUACCUUUAACCAUGGCUGGUCAGCAGGCGAGGGAGAUGACGAUAACGGACUGCUGCGAAAUCCCUGGAAAGCAUUUGCUCUUACCUGUGACCGGCAAAUAAGAAGUUUAGUUAAGGCUUAUUUCGAGAUCGUCUAUCCCAUAUUUCCCUUGUUUCACAUGCCGUCAUUCAUCGAGCAAGUCAACAGCAAGCAGCAUCUUUGCAAUCAAGGACUCUUUGCCUCUACGAUGGCUGCCUGCUCUCUGGUCGCGGGUCGCGCACGUGACGGUGCGUUGUAUUCUAAUCGGUGGGACCGAGAACAGCUUAUAGAUCCACCCUCCGAGACAUUCUUUGUAGCUGCUCGGGACUCGAUUCCUCGAGACCUUGUCGCAGCUAAAGGAAUUCAUUACAUGCGGGCGUGUGCCAUUCUUGCCAUCGCCAGCAUUCAAAACGGCCAGAUUAAAGAUAUGCAGAAGUAUUCCGGCUUAUACCACACCUUGACUUCGAUGGAUGGCCUUUAUGACGAGAAACUAUGGCCAGAGGACUUAAGUCCAAUUGAGAAAGAGGAGCGGCGGCGACUUUUCUGGUCUAUCUAUACGUUCGAUAUCUAUUCGACUAUUGUAUGGGGUGGUGUUAUUCGAUAUCGUGAAGCUCAUUCUUUAGUGCGCUAUCCUAGCGAAUUAGACGACGAAUUCAUCACAGACCGCGGCUAUGGCGUGCCGACCGUUUCCCCAGGACCAAAUUCGCUUCUAACGGGUAAGGUGACUGUCGUCUCCCGCCAGCCAACGCCCUGGCUGCGUGGUUGGAACUUUACCACAGACCUUUACCGCAUCCUUGAGCAUAUCGUCGAUGGCAAUAGACGCCGCUUUUCUCCGGCUAAUGGAACGACACAAGUGUGGUCACUGUUUAAUUCUUCAUCUAUAUCAGAGCCGGCUGUCAUGGAUCAAGUCCUCGCCAUGUACUCAGCUCUUCCAUCACAGUUUCGGGAAACGCCGCCCACUACAGGAGACAUGUCCAAGGAUUUAUUCGGGUUCCAGGCAGCCAACAUCCAGGCGACGCUACAACUCCUUCGGAUGGUGCUUUUAUCGACCGAGGAAAUUGGGGUGGAACGGAAGUGCGAUGUAGCGGGCGCACUGCUGAGCGUUUUUUCGAAUGUGCCUAUUGAGUACUUGAAAGCUAUCAGCUCUCCUUUGCUCCAUCACCUUGGCGGAAUUGGAUACAUUCUUGGCUCUGUCAUGGAAGGGAGUUUGUCACAAGUAUCCUACAUGCGAGCUCGAACAUUACUACUUGAAAUGGCAGAUCUCUUACAGCGUCUCGAAAUGGGCCUACACCGUGCGUCCGGUGCUGGCGAACGACUGCGGUCCCAGGUGGAACGAAUAGACGGCUACAUGCGUAGCUCACUUCUCUUGGACCUGAAUUCAUCAAACAACGUGACGCAAGUAAUUGACACAAAUCCCGAACUUUCUGUCACGUCGGCCUAUGCACAGGGCAUUGCUGCCGUCGCAGCCUCGCCUGGCGCUGGUCUUGACCAGAUGUCCCAGUUUCAGCUGCCACCAGAACUCCUCUCAGAUUGGCCAUGGCCGUUGGAUUCUCAUAACUCUGAGGGAUUUAUGCCUCUGGCGUUCGAAUAAUUUCAUUUCUUGAUUCACAAGGAAAUGUUAUCUACAUCCACAACAAAUAGGCGCUGCAUCAAUGCGGCUGUAUUUGAUUAUUUUCUAUCUAAUUCUCAUUGCAAUACCUAUGAUUCUGCGCUGAGCCCUGAGCCAAAUACAGUAUUUCCAGAUCAUUCACCCUUUGGCUUUCAUCUUCUUCAAUACAUCUACCAGGUUUACACCUCGAUUCAUUACAUUCCGG